AUGUCGCUCCUAGGGACUAUCAACCCUAAUGUUGCCGGGACAAGCUAUGAGUCUACGGCGGUCUCGAACGAGGUCCGUCACCACGACGCCGCAGGCAGUGUCAGCACCGAGGAAACCUCGUUUGAAAAGACCGGCGAGAUUGAUGAGGAGAUGAUCGAGGCUGAGGUCACCAGCCUCGCCCGUAAGUUGACCCGGGAGUCUACUCGCUGGGGGGAGGCGGAGAACACCUUUCUCGAAACAAAAGAGGAAUCGACCCUCAACCCCGCCAGCCCAAAUUUUAAGGCGCGCAAUUGGAUGAAGAACCUGCUUGCUGUCAAGUCUCGCGACCCAGAACGAUACCCCGAGCGCCAAGCUGGCGUCGCUUUCCGUGACUUAAACGUGCAUGGAUUUGGCAGCCCCACGGAUUACCAAAAGGAUGUGUUCAACUCGGUCUUGCAGAUUGGAGCUCUAGCUCGCCUAGUCACCGGCACUGGAAAGCAGAAAAUUCAGAUUCUGCGUGAUUUCGACGGCUUGGUCAAGAGCGGCGAGAUGCUUGUCGUUCUGGGCCGUCCCGGUUCCGGUUGUUCGACCUUUUUGAAAACUCUUGCUGGUGAUAUGAACGGUAUUUACAAGGACGACAAGUCUUACAUGAACUACCAGGGUAUUUCCGACAAGAAAAUGACCAACCAGUUCCGUGGCGAGGCUAUCUAUACCGCUGAAACUGAUGUCCACUUCCCCCAGCUAACGGUAGGAGAUACCCUGAAGUUCGCGGCUCUGGCUCGUGCUCCUCGAAACCGCUUGCCCGGAGUUUCUCGUGAGCAAUACGCCACACACAUGCGCGAUGUCGUCAUGGCUAUGCUGGGUCUCUCGCACACCAUCAACAGCCGUGUCGGUAACGAUUUCGUGCGUGGUGUCUCGGGUGGUGAGCGCAAGCGUGUCAGUAUUGCCGAGGCCACCCUUUGCGGUAGCCCUCUGCAGUGCUGGGAUAACUCCACCCGUGGUCUGGACAGUGCCAACGCUCUCGAGUUCUGCAAGACCCUGAACUUGAUGGCCAAGUACUCUGGCACCACCUGUGCAGUCGCUAUCUAUCAGGCCUCCCAGAGUGCUUACGAUGUCUUCGAUAAGGUGACUGUGCUCUACGAGGGUCGCCAGAUCUAUUUCGGCCGCACAGAGGACGCCAAGGGCUUCUUCACCAACAUGGGCUUCGUUUGCCCCGAGCGCCAGACCACCGCCGAUUUCCUGACCUCCCUCACAAGUCCUGCUGAACGUAUUGUGAAGCCCGGCUUCGAGAGCCGCGCUCCUCGUACCCCUGAUGAGUUCGCCGCCGCCUGGAGGAACAGCGAUGCGUACAAGCAGCUUCGUAGAGAGAUUGAUGAAUACGAUCAGGCUUACCCUAUUGGCGGAGAGUCGCUGCAGAAGUUCAUUGAAUCACGCAAGGCUAUGCAGUCCAAAGGCACGCGCGUUCGAUCUCCCUACACACUGUCUGUCAUUGAGCAAAUCAAUCUUUGCAUGAAUCGUGGCUUCCAGCGCCUGAAGGGCGAUGCAAGCUUGACCUUGUCUCAGCUUAUCGGAAACUUCAUUAUGGCCCUCAUCAUCGGUUCCGUCUUUUUCAACUUACAGGAUACAACUGAAAGUUUCUAUUCGCGCGGUGCCCUUCUUUUCUUCGCCGUCCUGCUUAACGCUUUCUCCAGCGCCCUGGAGAUUCUGACUCUCUAUGCGCAACGUCCUAUUGUCGAAAAACAAGCCCGAUAUGCCAUGUAUCAUCCGUUCACCGAAGCUGUAGCGUCGAUGCUUUGCGACAUGCCAUACAAGCUUCUCAACGCCGUAACGUUCAACGUGACCCUUUAUUUCAUGACCAAUCUUCGCCGAACUCCUGGUGCUUUCUUCACCUUCCUUCUAUUUUCGUUCGUGACCACCUUGACCAUGUCCAUGAUCUUCCGCUCUAUCGCGUCGUAUUCUCGAACCCUCUCCCAGGCUCUGGUGCCAGCCGCCAUCUUGAUUUUGGGUUUGGUCAUUUACACUGGUUUCACUAUCCCGCCCACUGACAUGCUGGGUUGGUCUCGCUGGAUGAAUUACAUCGAUCCCAUCGCAUACGGUUUCGAGUCUCUCAUGGUCAACGAGUUCCACAACCGAAACUUUACCUGUUCCAGCUUCGUUCCUUCCUACCCGACCGCCGACUUGGCCCACCAGGUCUGCUCUACCAAGGGUGCUCAGGCUGGCUCAACUAUUGUGAUGGGCGACAACUACCUUCGCGAGAGCUUCCAGUACUACAACAGCCACAAGUGGCGUAACCUGGGCAUUAUGUUCGCUUUUAUGAUCUUCUUCAUGGCUACCUACUUGAUCGGCACUGAGUACAUUUCCGAGUCCAAGUCCAAGGGUGAGGUUUUGCUCUUCCGUCGUGGUUACUCUCCCAAGCGCACCGAGUCCGAUGAUGUUGAGGGAGCUCAGGUCGUGUCCUCUUCUGAGAAGACCAAUGAGUCGCCCAAGGAAGUUUCUGCCAAGAUUCAGAGACAGACUGCUAUCUUCCACUGGCAGGACGUUUGCUACGAUAUCAAGAUCAAGAGCGAGGAACGCCGCAUCUUGGAUCACGUCGACGGUUGGGUCAAACCCGGUACUUGUACUGCCCUGAUGGGUGUGUCUGGUGCUGGUAAGACGACUCUGCUUGAUGUACUGGCUACUCGUGUCACUAUGGGUGUUGUUUCUGGCGAGAUGCUUGUCGAUGGCCGUAUGCGUGAUCAGUCCUUCCAAAGGAAGACCGGUUACGUCCAACAGCAGGAUCUUCAUCUCUACACUACUACCGUCCGUGAGGCUCUGCGUUUCAGUGCCAUCCUCCGCCAGCCCGCGCAUGUCAGCCGCCAAGAAAAACUGGACUACGUCGAAGAAGUCAUCAAGCUUCUGGGAAUGGAAGGAUAUGCUGAUGCUAUCGUUGGUGUUCCCGGUGAAGGUCUCAAUGUUGAGCAGCGCAAGCGUCUCACCAUCGGUGUCGAGCUCGCGGCUAAGCCCCAACUGCUUCUCUUCCUUGAUGAGCCCACCUCCGGUCUUGACAGUCAAACCUCAUGGUCUAUUCUCGAUCUCAUUGAUACCCUGACCGCCCAUGGACAAGCCAUUCUUUGCACUAUUCACCAGCCCUCUGCUAUGUUGUUCCAGCGGUUUGAUCGCCUUCUCUUCCUUGCCAAGGGCGGCAGAACGGUCUACUUUGGUGACAUCGGCGAGAAGUCUUCCAUCCUUUCCAGCUACUUUGAGAGAAAUGGCGCACCCAAGCUGCCCCUGGAAGCCAAUCCUGCUGAGUGGAUGCUUGAAGUAAUUGGUGCCGCCCCGGAUCUCACAGUGACAUUGAUUGGCCUGCCUCCUGAGCGUGUCAAGGUGCACGAACAUUUGGCUGAACUGAAGACCACCCUUUCCCAGAAGCCCAUGGAUGAAUCGUCCAACGAUCCUGCCAAUUUCAAGGAAUUCGCUGCUCCCUUCACUGUUCAGCUCUACGAGUGCCUGAUCCGCGUUUUCAGUCAGUACUGGCGUACUCCCGUCUACAUUUACUCCAAGGCCGCUCUCUGCAUAUUGUCCGCUAUUUACAUUGGUUUCUCCUUCUUCCACUCUCCGAACAGUCUACAGGGUCUCCAGAACCAGAUGUUCAGUAUCUUCAUGCUGAUGACCAUCUUCGGUAACCUGGUUCAACAGAUUAUGCCUCACUUCGUUACCCAGCGUUCUCUGUACGAAGUCCGCGAGCGUCCCUCAAAGACCUACUCGUGGCAAGCUUUUAUGACCGCUAAUAUCCUCGUCGAGCUGCCUUGGAACACACUGAUGGCUGUUUUGAUCUACGUCUGCUGGUAUUACCCCAUCGGCCUGUACCGCAACACUACCAGCGAAACCUUACACGAGCGUGGCGCGUUGAUGUUCCUCCUCAUUUGGGCCUUCCUUCUCUUCACCUCGACCUUCGCUCACAUGAUGAUCGCCGGUAUUGAGCUUGCCGAGACUGGUGGAAACCUGGCCAACUUGCUCUUUUCUCUCUGCCUUAUCUUCUGUGGUGUCCUCGCGACCCCGGACAAGAUGCCCGGCUUCUGGAUCUUCAUGUACCGCGUCUCGCCAUUCACGUAUCUUGUGUCUGCGAUGUUAUCCACUGGUGUGUCUGGAACGGAGGUUGUCUGCGGAGAUGUCGAGUGGCUCCACUUCUCGCCCCCGUCCGGUCAGACGUGCGGGGAGUAUAUGGCUCCUUACAUCCAGAGCUUUGGAGGAAAACUCCAGGACGAAACCGAACUUUCCACCACCGAGUGCUCUUUCUGUAGCAUCUCUGACACCGACACUUUCCUUGCCGCCGUCUCGAGUUACUACAAGGACGCCUGGCGCAACUUCGGCAUCAUGUGGGCGUUCAUCAUUGCCAACAUCUUCCUUGCUGUUUUCAUCUACUGGCUGGCUCGUGUGCCCAAGGGCAACCGCAACAAGACCAAGAGCUCCUGA